GCCAGAAUUCUCGUGACUCCCCAGUCAGGUGAUCGAUCGGGCUUGAGUGAGGACGAGAUCGCGGUCGACCUUCUCAUAUCCUCCUGAUUUUACGCCUCAGAGGUCAGAUCCAACCAUGGGCUACGUUAAAGGCUACCUUCAGUAUGGGCUGUACCUGUACCUUCUGCUCCUGCUGGCCAUUGGUAUUGGCUAUACCAUCACUGGCCAGGGAGAGAGGAUUGACUUCGGCUGGUUCCUCUCGAGCGUGUCUGCGUACUUCUGGGGGGCCAUCGGCAUCGGUCUGACCGUCUCUCUGAGCGUCGUCGGAGCUGCCAUGGGCAUCCACACUACUGGCGUGAGCAUCGUCGGCGGUGGUGUCCGUGCCCCUCGCAUCAAGACCAAGAAUCUGAUCUCAGUCAUCUUCUGCGAGGCUGUUGCCAUCUACGGGCUCAUCAUUGCCAUCAUCCUGGCUGGUAUUUUGGAGGAGUACUCUGAGACAAAGGCUAAAGCUAAUGAGGACAUCUUCGAACAAAACCUUGUCUCUGGUUACCUGAUGUUUGCCGCUGGUCUGACCGUGGGACUCACCAACUUGUUCUGCGGUCUUGCUGUUGGAAUUGUCGGUUCUGCCGCCGCCCUUGCCGAUGCUGCUGAUGCUUCCCUCUUCGUGCGUAUCCUUAUCGUGGAAAUCUUCGGAAGUGCUAUCGGUCUCUUUGGGCUGAUCGUGGGCAUUCUGCAGACUUCCAAGGCCAAGAUGGGAGACAAAGUGUAAACAAGCAUGCAGAACAAUAAAACAAAAGCAGAAAAAAACAUUCCAAGUAUGCCAAGUUUUGUUUGCAGACCAGUGACUUACCAAGAGGGAGUCGGACCAGAAUUAUUAGAGCACAAAGAGAGAAGGAAAAAAAAAGCCUUUUGUUUUAUCAGAAGCCUCCCCUCAGUCGGACUUCUUCUCAAACUCCUUUUUUAAAACCACUAGGUACUAACAUUAAGAAGUAGUGAGGGUACAGGUUGUCAAUUAUCAAUUAUUCUUCCUUUCUACCUAUUCUUUCUCCAGCUGUUGUUCACUUCUAGGAAGAUACUUAUGAGUUUCAUGACUUAAAAUGACUCAUCGAAGGUCUUCUCCCAGCUUGCAGUAGUGGACAGCUGGAUUUUCCUCUAUCAGUAGUUUUAUUCUUCUAUCUUUCCUCCUCUUCUUUUCUUUUCUUUUCCUUGUUUUCAGAGAGAAAACACUCUUAUUCUCUUAUUCUUCCUCCUCUUCUUUUCUUUUCUUCUCCUUGUUUUUCAGAGAGAAUUUCGCAAUUCGUAAUUCAUUCUGGUUGCCUUCACCUCCCGUUGAUUUUCUCUCUCUAUCCUAAUAUACAUUUUCUAGCCACUUACUCUGCAGAGCAUGCAUUGAAUUAUAUAUCACUUGUCUGUUGUUUCCCUAAAGAAUGCUUUCCAUGCUCUUCUCAGUGUAUUUAUUUACAUAGUUUGUAAAUAUGUUAUCAAGGGGUAAUACAGUCUUGUCAGAUUCUUGUAGAUUGUAUGGCAGUUUAGAUUACUAUUUCUGAGCUGUAAUGUUCUGUGUAUCAAAGGUGAAAUUGAAUAGAUAAUGUAUUGAUGUAAGAUUGUGUGUAUAUAUAUAUAUGAUUGUAUUUCCGUUAUGUUCUGAAUCCCUGACGUUGUGGGUAAAAGAUAUUGUGAAUAAAGAAGGAUUAUUGGUU